GCGAGCCGGCCAUCGCGCGCCGCACCAGAGAAGGGAGCGCUGCAAAGGCGGGCAGCCAACCGAGCGGAGCCUGGGAACUGAGCUGAACACCGCGGGAGGGAAAAAAAUGAGGUAGCGGCCAUCCCCGGAGCCGAUCAUGAGCGUGCCCUGCUCUCGAAGCCCUGCGCUGCCCUGGCCGAGCCAGCCCAGACAGUGAGCCGGUAGAACCCUGAGGCCCCAGCGUCCAGCGGGAGCGAAGAUGCGGUGAGCCACCGCGCGAUUGCAGCGCGGGCCCGCCGCGGCCAGCCGGACCCACCAUCCGACUGACUGCACUUUGGGAAAGCAGCUGAUUCUGGGACCAGCCGGGCAGAGGGGCUUUUUGUCUCCGGCACUCAUUGAGAGUGGAGAGCAUUGGGCCCUUGGCACGCUAGCUAAGUUUCCGCGGUUUCUGGCCCCAGCCUUCGGGGUUGUGUGUGUAUGUGAGGGGGGACCCUUUUUACCUUCGCAGAGGAGUUUCUGCAUCCUCUCGCACAAGUCCCUGAGCUUUUUUGGAGGGUUCCCUCUAUUUGCACGACCGCAACUAGCAUUUUUCUAAGAUAUUUUCCGCUCCACUCUUGUUCCGUCUUUUUCUCAUUUUGUUUGCCUGAGACUUUUUUCCCUCGUCCAUGCCCAGGCUGGGGUAAUUUUUUUGUAAUUCUGUGUAUGCGCGUGUGUUGCUGUUUUUUUUCCCCCCACGCGCGCAGCUAAAUAUUUUCUUUUAAAAAUUCUACCUCCACAUCCUUCCUGCGGGCUUCCCGACAACUAUCCACCUCCCUCCCUACCCUGCCCCCCUCCCCUCACCGGGCCCUCCCAGCAGUUUUAUUUUUCGGUCUUUCCCGGGCCGAGCCCGGCCGGGGCGGGUGGCUCAGCAGGGCUCGCACCCGGCCUUCCGCCGUCACCGCCGCCGCCCAGCAGCACCGGGGCGCCCUUCGGAGAUGCUGCCGUGGAAGAAGCACAAGUUCGAACUACUGGCCGAGGCGCCGCCGCGGCAGGCGUCCAAGCCCAAGGGCUACGCGGUGAGCCUGCACUACUCCGCUCUCAGCUCGCUGGCGCGGGCGUGCCCCGAAGGCGCGCUCAGCCGGGUGGGCAGCAUGUUUCGCUCCAAGCGCAAGAAACUGCACAUCACCAGCGAGGACCCCACCUACACCGUGCUCUACCUGGGCAAUGCCACCACCAUUCAGGCGCGAGGCGACGGCUGCACCGACCUAGCCGUAGGCAAGAUCUGGAGCAAGAGCGAGGCGGGCCGUCAGGGCACCAAGAUGAAGCUGACCGUGAGUGCGCAGGGUAUCCGCAUGGUGCAUGCCGAGGAGCGCGCGCUGCGCCGCCCGGGCCACCUCUACCUGCUGCACCGCGUCACCUAUUGCGUGGCGGAUGCACGACUGCCCAAGGUCUUCGCCUGGGUAUACCGGCACGAGUUGAAGCACAAGGCAGUAAUGCUGCGCUGCCACGCGGUGCUUGUGUCCAAGCCCGAGAAGGCGCAGGCCAUGGCCCUGCUGCUCUACCAGACGUCGGCCAACGCGCUGGCGGAAUUUAAACGCCUCAAGCGGCGGGACGACGCGCGUCACCAGCAGCAGGAGCUGGUGGGGGCACACACCAUCCCGCUCGUGCCGCUGCGCAAGCUGCUACUGCACGGACCCUGCUGCUACAAGCCGCCAGUGGAGCGCAGCCGCAGCGCACCCAAGCUCGGCUCCAUCACCGAGGACCUGCUCGGCGAGCAGCAGGAACAGGAGCUGCAGGAGGAAGAGGAACAACCCGAGGGCUGCCUGGAGGAGGAGGAGGACCGUACUAAGGAGGGGGACCCGGCGGAGGAGGAGGCCGCGGCGCAGCGGGCGCUGGUAGUAGCCAUGCACUUCGAAUGCGGGGACUUGCUGGACACACUGGAGAGCGGCCACGAGGAGGCGCUGAGGGGCGGCGGGGUCUCGCUGUGCCCGGGGACCGGGCCACCGCCUCUACUGCUGGGCAGCGCCGCCGACAUGAAGGCCGAGUUGUCGCAGCUCAUUAGCGACCUUGGCGAGCUCAGCUUCGGCAACGAUGUGCGCAGCCUGCAGGCGGACUUGCGCGUGACGCGCCUGCUGUCGGGCGAGAGCACCAGCAGUGAGAGCUCCAUCGAGGGCGGGGGCCCGGACGCCACCCCUGCCAUCGCUGGGGACCCGGCCGGCCCCGCCGACGGCGCCAGCCCGGACGAGCCCCACUCGGGCUGAGCUCCUAACAGCCUCCUGCGCACAUCUCGCGUGCCACACCGUGACUCUCCACCAGUCGAUCCAACACCCCCGCUAACUCCCACCUCCACCCCUCGCCCCAGGAAAGGGGAAAUGGGGUACUUGAGGCCAGACCUCCCUUGGGCCCGAGAUCCAGAGUACCCCAUCCCCUCUUCCAUUCAGAAGUUUGGCUCUGUUUGAGGCGGGGCUCAGGCCGUGAGUGAGGCGGGGAGAUGUAGGAGAGGGGAAACCCCCACCCAAAAAGAAGGAGACACAGCUCUGGGGCGGAAAGUGGGGGAAAGGGCCGGCUGAGGUGCCUGCGGACCAGCUUCCUGCUUGUGGGACAGCUGGGGCCUGAGGAGGAGGGGUUAACUUCCGCCCACCCCUCUCACCACUUUCCCCCACCCACCCACCAGGGGCCCGGCGUUGUCACUGACAUGUCAUUAAAAAAAAGAACUUGCUCUCACAAUGUUUGAAGCUUCAAUGUCACCCCUGCCCCCAGUUCUUUUUGGUGUAAGAGCUUGGGUUGUUUACCUCAGACCCAGACCCUUGAAAUCCUGCCAAAUUCCUCAAAUAACUGUUUUUGGGGGUGGGGUGGGGGGGGGGAGAAUGAAAGAAGUUGCAUUUUGUUUACAUUUAAAAACAUCUGAUAUCUAAAAAAGGAGUUUUUCUUUAGAAAUAUAUACCUUCUCCUGCUCAAAAGAUCUCACUCCAUGAUACUGUGUAAAAUAUUUUUGCACUGUUGUGAAGUAUUUUUGACAUCUUUUUUUGUACAUAACUGUCUUCUCAGAGCUAAAUGUUUAUAUCUUUUGCUGUGCAAAAGGGACAUGUAAAAUGUUGUUCAGCUGUAUAUACAGAAAUGUGUAUAAAACAUUUUGUUAUUUUUUACGAGUGGCACUGUUCUGGUUGUUUGCACACUUGGGGAGAGAAUAAAGAGGAAAAUUUAACAGAA